UCUAGAACCUACUUAUCUAAGAGCGCGAGAGCUGAAAGCAUUUGGAAUAGGAGGCAAUGCGACAUUCUGCUAUUCCGUAACUGGUCUUUCUAGCCAGUAACUGUUCAGUCGGUUCGAGCGCAGCCUGGUAGAAUGCGCCGCUGUGACUGAGUAGCCGGCAGCAGGGGCCCUUGUGUUUGCUCCAAUCCCGACUUCUGCGCGAUUGGUUGUGCUCCAAUCGCGUUGCGGGGCUCCAAUCCCGACAUCGGGCGCUGCAGGCCCUCUUAUCGCAUUGCGACGAGAGAAGAGGAGCACGCUUGCAUUGAGACGGGCAGUGCAACGGCAGUGCGACGAGUAGUGCGACGAGUAGUGCGACAACUUGUCUGACAAGCCUCGCGGACUAGCAUCCGCUCGCCCGCUUCCUCGCGGACAAGCCUCGCGGAAUAGCGCUUGUCCGCUUCGCGCGCGUCCGCAUUCCGACUGUCGCCAUGGGCGGUCCCCCAGCCCCGCCAGCCGCUUCCGCCGUUUCCGCCCCCGCGGACGGGCUUGGGCUCGGCGCGGAGAUCAACGGGGGCGCGGAGUCAGUCGCGGAUCUCCUCGCGCUUCCCCCCGACGCCCUUCCGCGGAGCGACCUUUUCUUCCGCCUCGCUCGCGCGCACUUCCGCGCAGCGGUCUCCGCGUCUGCGGGUUACCCCUUGAAUCCCGCGGACCCCGCAAGCUCCCCCGCGGGUGGCGCAAAUGACGCGGGGGGAGGCGGGGAUCUUAACGACAAUAGUAGCGACGAGGCGCUGGCUUUUGACGUCGUCCGGAACGCGAUUCAGCCGUCCGAGCGGCCCGACCACGUUCCGUCUCUUAUUCUCGCGUCCGUGAUUUGCGCCCGGCGUGACACGUGGAGCGAAGAGGGCGUCCGCUACGGCGAACGCGCGGUGGAGCUCGCUGCGAGCAGCGGCCCGCAGCGCGCUAAGGCGCUUCAUGCGCUGGGAGUUAAUCUCCUCCUACUAUCGCGCAACCAUUAUGUUUCCGCGGCUCGCCGGGAACUGACUCUUAAACGCGCCGUCGAGUCGCUAAGCCAGGCUUUAGAAGAAGAUGCCUCCUCAGCAGCCGUGAUGGUGGAUCUCGCGCUCGCAUUGGCCGAGCAGCGCCACGUCAGCGAGGCGCUCAAGGUCGCCAAGAGCGCGCUGAAAGCCGGCGGCGGGCAGUGGCUGCUGACGUGGCAGAUCCUGGCGCUGCUGCUGACGUGUCAGCAGCGGUUCAAGGACGCGGAAGAUAUGUGCCGCGUGGGGGAAGCCGCCAUCAAGAAAGCGGGGGGAGGAGCCGGGGGAGGGGGGGCGGAUGGGGGGGAGAGAGGGGAGGGCGCAAGGGCGGCGCUGCUGGUGCUGCGCGCCAAGGUGCAGCUAGCGAGUGGGGGGGCAGGGGAAGAGGGAGGGGAAGGGGAGGGGGGAGCAGGGGUGGAUGGCAGUGGUGGUGUGACUGUAGGCGUUGGUGACGCUGUGGAGAGCUUGAAACAGGCCAUGGCUGCGGUACAGUCACGGCAGAAGCGAGGCGAAGUGGGCGGCUCGGUGACAGAAGCAGCCGUGUGGCAGUCUCUUGCCGAGGCGUAUCUGGUUGGUGGGCGGGCGGUAGAUGCCGACCUCUGUGUGGCAAAGUGUCAGACGCUGGAUCCAUAUGCUGCUGACACGUGGAUGGUGGCAGGCAUGCUAGACGGGGCUAAAGGCAGGCCCCAGGAGGCCCUGGCUUGCUACCGCAGCGCCCUGGCCAUCGACCAAUGGCACGCUGCCAGCAAGGCACGGCUGGGAGCGCUGCUGCUGCAGAUGGGGGGGGAGUGGCUGCAUAUGGCAGAGGUGCACCUGAGGGAGGUGGUAUCUGGGGAUGGGUUUGACGCGCGUGCCUGGCAUGUGCUGGGGCUGGUGGAGCGGGGGAGUGGGGAUGUGGGUGCUGCUGCAGAGUGUUUCAGACGAGCUAUGGAGGCAGAGGAAACGGCCCCUGCGGUGCCGUUUAAUACACUCAGACCGAUUCUGCCGCAGCUGCUGCUGUGAUUUGGACUUAAGCGUUUCUGAACACUACACUCGAGGAAGAUCGCAACGGGUACGCGAGUCAACGGAGGUUACACAAGGGGGUGGACAAAGAACGCGAAGGGACUUGAAGAGUCACAACUGGAGGUUGCGACUGACCGUUACAACAUCGCGGAUGGUAACCGAAGCGACAAUCGAGUCGCUGUGCGACUCGAUAACCGCUCCUGCAACUGUAUUCUACAACUGCUUUCUUAUUUUCUAUAUAUUGCUGUUACACAAGGGGGUGGACAAAGAACGCGAAGGGACUUGAAGAGUCGCAACUGGAGGUUGCGACUGACCGUUACAACAUCGCGGAUGGUAACCGAAGCGACAAUCGAGUCGCUGUGCGACUCGAUAACCGCUCCUGCAACUGUAUUCUACAACUGCUUUCUUAUUUUCUAUAUAUUGCUGUAUGUUUGUUUCUUUAAUCAAUCACUUGUUCUCAU